GGCAGUAGGAACAGGAGGCUGGGGGCCAGCAGGGAGAAAAAGGAAGAGAAGCAAGGAACUGGGUGAUUGAUUUACUGUAUUUCUAUCUUAAUGCUUUCAAACAGUUUCUGUUUCAUCCACAGCACUGUCCAAGGGAGCCAGUGAAGUGUCUGUUCCUGUUUCACCCUGGGCAAAAGGGAUGUUCAGAUGAAAUAUUAGAUGAGGCAACAAGGCACCACCUAUUCACUGACACUUUCUGUAGGGUUUGCUGUGCGGUGCUGCCGUUUGAAUCCCAAAGGAUGUCACACUAUGAGGUGUUGCAUUGUCUCACCUCCAGGGGAAGAUCCAUGCUAAAAAGCUGAGGCAGUUAGCAGAAAGGAGAGGCCUGAUGGAAGCACGGAGCAUGCAACCUGUUUCUGAAACUGAGAUGCCUUCAUCGUCUCCAAAAGCAAGCUUGGAUCUGAACUACUGCUGGCUCUGCUGUGUUCCUUUCAAUAGUCCACUCUCAGCGCAGGAACAUUAUGUUGGUAAAAAACAUGAAAAAAAUGCAGCACGGAAGAAGAUAAUGGAGGAGCUGGGAAUCCAACCUGUCCCUAGAGAAUCCAGAACAACUGGUUCCUUCUUUUCUGUGAUUGGGCUUGGCCAUUACAUGUGCCCUGUUUGCAACGUUAUACUUACAACUAUACAUGAGUACCAGUCCCACAUGCAAGGAAAAAAGCACAAGACCAGUUUAUGCAGAGCGACAAAGAUUCGCAGUCUCAGAAAGAGAUCAAAGAAAACUUACUACUCCUUUCAAGCUCAGGAAGCCACAUGUCUUGAGGAAAGAAUGGAUUUGAGAAUAGCAGAAGAGUUUCAAGAUGGAAGCCGUGGUGAGGUUAAGCCUUCAGCCUUUAUCUGUGAACAAGACCAGCAUUCCAACCUUUUCUCAGAAACCCAGACACCUACAAAUACUGGGAAAAACAGAUCACCACGUUGCUCAUCAGCUGGUGAGCAUGCACAAGAAAAUACUGCAAAUUGUCAGCAUAAUGCAGCACACUGUGUAGAAGGGCAAGCAUGUGGGGCAGCUGCCACCACAGAUGGCUUUGGUCUGUCAGCUGUAGAAUCUAAAGAGUAUUGCAAACUUGUGCUCGCUGAAACGUUUAGCAUCUCCUACAGAAAAGAGCAGAACCUUCAGGUAGAAUAUACUGAGGAGAAAAAAUACAUCAGCGAAGAGUUGAGGUGUAAGAAAGAAGACUCAAAACUGAAAAGAAAGGAAGAUAGUGAAGGUGCAGAUUUGGAGAAAGAAAGAAAGCAACGAAAGCGAAUUAAACCUGAUGUAGACUUAGUAAAUGAGGAGAAAUCAAGACCUAAUAAAGAUGAAAGGCUUAAAAAAAAACCUGCUAAGAAACAGAGAAAAAAACGCGUAAAGAAUCAACAGACGUCCCAGAUAAAGAUCAAAACAGAACAUGGGGCAUUUUGGGAGGACUCUGGCUUUAUAUUCUGGUGAGGUUUUGAUUAGCUUCAUGAGCCUGCUCUGAUUUGCAGGUUAUCUUUACUAUUUUGUAUCAUACUAUGGCUGUUGUGGUUUUUGUUGGUUCAUUUGGUGGUUUUAUGUUUUUUUUUUGUUUGUUUGUUUGUUUUUUUAAGCAAAGUUGGGGUUUUCUUGGCAGUGAGAAAAAGCCUGUCUUUUGCAAAUGGUUGGUAGUAGGCAUGCAUCAGUUUUUAAUGAUGUUACCCGUACAGCAGCCAUUGUAGUGAUGCAAACUUGAAAAUAUGAAGGCUCUUCUUGAAAAUGCCUCAAGAAAGAGUCAGUAGCUUACAGAACGCUCUUGGAAAUUCAUCAGAAUGUAUAGCUUUAUUUUCCUAAUAUUAAUGGUGCCUACUGUGGUGGUUUUGUUUUGUUUUGUUUUUUUUUCCUACGAAGGUAUGUAACCUUGGUAAGAUCUGUAAGGGCACACAUUGCUCCCAGGCAAAGCCAUAUCUGUAACCAUUCCACUGACUGCUUUUAAAGGAGAGUGAGGAAGGCUUUUGAUCCCAGAAUGAAGGUAGAUUUGUGACUCGGUGCUCUGAAGAACCAGCAACGCUUUGCAUUUGAAAUAGUGUCACCAGAGCUUCCUUCAUAACAGGUUUGCAUUGUUGUGGCACGUAGAACAUAUGUAGGACACCAGUUAAUGCAUCUAAAAGCAAUGUCACGAGACAUCAUUUAGUAACACCCAGUGCCUUCAGGUUGCAGAACAGCUUUUCCUUAGCCUUGAUGUGGGUCUGAAAGCCAUUCUGUUGUCAGAUUGCAGCACUGGGUAGCCUGUUUGUAGAGGCACCUGUGCUGAGCUGCUGCUUUCAGCAGCUCUGCCCAACUGAAACUUUUUGUUGUGGGUUGUUGUAGUGUGGGAUGGGGUAAAGACCAAGGCCCUCAAGCCUUGAAUUGUCUGGUUUGUUUUAGUCUUGCAUUAAGAAGUUGUUUCAAAAGCCUUGAGAAUAAUGUAGUGUGGGCUUUUGGUGUGUUAUUUCUUAUAAAUUUGUUUUGUGGUUGGUUGCAAUCUUGGCUUUAGGUUUCUGGUUAUGAAGUUAUAAAUCUGAGUGGUCAAGUAAGGCCAUGAUGUGGUAUUCUGCAUAUACAAAAGAAAAAGCUCUGUUGAAGGGAAAUAAGUGUCAAUUUACUUGCUUUUGAAAUAAGACUUGCAGUGUUGGAAGUCAGGAGGAGAUCAGCAGCUCUGAUAAUACAGCAAAAGCAUCAUUUGGGAGUUAAUCUCUAUCAGUGAUCGCCUCCAAAUCUGUGUUUGAACUCCACUCUGUCCUGCCCUACCUGGAAAAAAGUACAAGCUACGUGCAGGACACAUGCAUCUGCUACUCUAAACAUAACUCCACAACUUUCUUGGCAUCAAAGAUGAUAAUAAGAUCCUGAAAGAAGUACUCUUGCUGUAUUUUGGUGAAGCAGUGAUUAAUCUUUUAUGUAAAUGCUGCAAACAGGACGUAGCAGGUUCUCGUCUACCAGAAGCAUGCAAAAAAUACAGCCUGAAUUCAGAUAAGUGAUGCUCAUUUUUCUGAAGUCAUCUGGUUGUGUUUCCUCACUGUGUUGUUCUUAGCCUUUAAUGUUGAUGAUAAUUAUUUCCAAGCCUAGACAUUUAAAAAUAUUAGGCAUAUGGGUUGAUGGUUUUAUUUGCCCUUCACUGUGAAUGUCUUUUCUUUUUCCUCUUCUUAGUAGCAGAGGAAUCCGCGUUGGCAGCUGAUUCUGUUCAUCUCUUACUCUCAUUAAAUUUAUCUGUUCUGAUU